AUGAUUAACGAAAAAGAACACUCAUUUUCAUUAGAUGAAUUUAUUUUAUCUUCAGUGUUAUCUCAUAUUAAUCUUAACCUUAAAAUUGGAGAUCAUGGAAUACAAGACAUUCUAAGCUGUGCUAAUGCUUUAUCAUGUUGCUAUAAUCUCUAAAAUCUAAUUAUAAAAUCUCGAAUUUAGGGUAUGCGUGAUAAAAAUUCAAUCAAUUUUGCCUCUGCUAUAGCAAAAUGUCCAAAACUCAAGACAGCAUAGAUUGAUUUCGAGAGUAAAUGUAUUAAUGAUGAAAUUGUAGCAGCUAUAGGAACUCAUCUUGGAUAAACUGUUAGUCUUUAGACUUUAAACUUAGAUUUCUGUAGAAAUUAAAUUACACUAAAAGGAGCAAUAGCGCUUUUGACAGGCUUAUCUAAUAGCACUAGUCUUUAAAAUUUAAUCAUAAAUUUAAGGUAUAACAAAAUAGAAGAGAGGUUAGUGGGUUUAAUUAAAAUACCUAAAAGUAAUUUGUCAUCUUUAAAAAUAUCUUUCAAUGAUAAUUAUUCUCGUGGUUUUGGUUGUUUCUAAUUAUGCAGUUUUUUGUCAAAUUUAUCAAAUCUUAAGUAUCUAGAGCUAAAUUUAGGAUCCAAUUAAAUUAUGUUUUCAGAACAAAAGGAUUUAUUUUCAGGGUUAGCUAAUUUAGUAAAUCUCUAAACUUUAGAGCUGUAUUUAUACAAAAAUUAAAUUGGAGAAAUAGAAACCAUAAAUUUAUUUGAUUCUUUAUCACAUUGCACUCUUCUUUAAACCUUGAAAGUAGAUUUAAGUUAAAACAGUAUUAAAUUCAAAGAAGAAAGAUACAUAUUUUCUGGAUUAUCAAAAAUGGUUAACUUAAAUAAUUUAGAUCUUGACUUAAGUCAUAACUAAAUUUAAGUAUAAGGGACAUAUGACCUCUUCUCUACCUUAGCUCAAUGCAAUAAACUCUAAACUUUGAAGCUUAAUUUAAAAUCUAAUAGUAUUAGAUUUUAUGGAGAGAAGGAUAAAUUUUCUGGCUUAGCAAAUCUUAAGAAUCUCUUAUCAUUAGAUUUGGAUUUAUAAUCAAACGAUAUUCAAGUACAAGGAAUGAUGGCACAAUUCUCAUUUUUGGCUAGUUGCACUCUUCUAUAAACUUUUAAAGUUAACUUAAAUUCAUGCCAAUAUACUGAAAAUAAAAAGUUUGGUUACCGUGAUUACCGCCCUCAGUAAACGUAAAAUAAAAUCAAUGAUUAGUAUGCUUCUAUUAUGAGUAACACUUUACCAAAAUGCUUGAAUCUUUCAACACUAGAACUCUAUUUAGAGUCACCUAAUAUAGAUUUUGAGUGGCUCUAGGGAUUAUUUUUAGGAGUAUCUAAGUGCAAGAAAAUCAAAAAAUUCAUCAUCAAUUAAGGUAAUAAUCAUUCUAAGAUAAGAAAAGAAGAAAUAAUUCUCUUAGCUCUCAUGCUUAAAAAUUGUAGUUAUCUCUCAUAUUUACAAUUUAACAUUCGUUUUACUUAUGGUGAUGGUAUGUUUGAUUCAUUAUACCCAAAAGUCUUGAAGUUUAAAAGAUUAGUCUAUCUCGAACUCUAUUUUGAAAAAAAAAUUUUUUUUUGA